GGAGCCAAUGGGGGCUCCCUGCUGGCCCUCCCUGCGAAGUCAGGCGCCGCGUCCCCCCUCCCAGCGUGGCCUUAGUUUUUAUAAACCAUCCCGAGCUGGGGGCGAGCGAGGCCGCCCCGUCCAGCGCUCCGUCCCAGGCAGCAGUCGCCCCGGCUACGGUGGCUUGGCGCGCCAUGAGCUGCUGGGGGUCGCCGCCGCCGCUGGGCCGAGGCGAGGAGGAGGGAGACCAGGAAGAGGAGAAGGAGAAGCAGCAGCGGCGGCGUCCCCGCCUUCAGAGAGGCUCUUCGGCGCAGGCAGCAUGAGCCGCGCAGGCAGCGGCUGGGAGAUGGAGGCGCUGCGGACAGACGCCGGCGGCGGCGGGAGCAGCAGCGGCCGAGGCCAGUGCCGCAAUUUCCUAUCGCCGUCGGUCUUCGGGGCGCCGCCGCCGCCGUCGGGUCGAGCUGCUGGUCCCGCCACCUCCUCGGGCUUCCCCUACGAGCGCUCGGGCUCGUCGGCCGGGGCGCGCUCUUCGUCGUCGUCGUCCGAGGCGGCCCCUUCCAAGGACUGCUCAAGCGGUGGUCCCCCGACGGCCACGGCCGCGGCCGCCGCGGCCGCCGCUCUAGGCUACCACCCGGGCUACCACCCCUUCGGCAACGGCUACUACAGCUGCCUGCAGCAGAACGCCGCGCUCAAAGCCUCCCCGCACGCCGCCUUCCCCGUGGAGAAGUACAUGGACGUGGCCGGCUUGGCGAGCACCAGCGUUCCGUCGGGCAGCGACGUUUCCUCGCGAGCCAAGGAGGUAUCUUUCUAUCAGGGCUACGCUGCUGCUGCCGCCGCCGCCAGCCCUUACCAGCAUGUGCCCGCCGGCUACCUGGACAUGGUCUCCACCUUCGGCUCGGCAGCGGGCGGCGAGCCCAGGCACGAGACGUACAUCUCCAUGGAGGGCUACCAGUCGUGGACAUUGGCCAACGGGUGGAACGGCCAGGUGUACUGCGCCAAAGACCAGGCCCAGGGCUCUCACUUUUGGAAGUCCUCCUUCCCAGGGGACGUUGCACUAAACCAGCCAGAUAUGUGUGUCUACCGGCGAGGGAGGAAGAAGCGCGUGCCUUACACGAAACUGCAGCUCAAGGAACUGGAGAGCGAGUACGCCGUGAACAAAUUCAUAAACAAGGACAAGAGGCGGAGGAUAUCAGCGGCCACCAACCUCUCGGAGAGACAAGUCACUAUUUGGUUUCAGAACCGCAGGGUCAAGGACAAGAAGAUAGUCUCCAAGCUGAAGGACAAUGUCUCCUGAUCCGUUUUGGGGGGAUCUAUCUCUAUCUAUAAAUAUAUAUAUAUAUAAAUAUAUAUUAAUUGCAAACCAUCCACUAUCGGCUCAAAAAAACUUUUGGAAAGACUUGAAAUAUAUUUAAUAUUUUCCUCCAUGGGGA